CGGGAAUCUUGGCGGUCAACAGACAUUAGCGUGGAGUUGCUCUAAGCCCUGGUUGGUAGAUUGGGCAUGUUCUGAGAUUGUUGUUGAGUCAAAUGGGGGAUUGAUCGUUCCUUGCAGUAGUACAGAUUUUAUAUAAAGACUUGGGUCUAGGCCAAUGUUAUUUUGAAUCCAGCUUCACUCGUGUGUGUAUUCGAUUCUUAUUCCCCUUGAUUUCUUCUUGGACUUGACUCUCCUUUAUCCUUACCUAGAAUAUACAGAAGCGAUGGAACAGAGAGUUCCUUUAACCCCUGAUUCUCCUAUUCCGUUCCAAUCGAAUGGUCUGUCAACCCAGGCCACGUCAAUAGGGCAAGGUGCUCCGGAGGUACACCCCGGAUAUGGGGUAGAUGAUGAGCGUCAUAGUUUGAGUGUGAGCGGAACGCAGGUCAACUCGCCGGUCGAUUCAAUUCAUGACGGCAAAGAAGGUCACGAUGUCGAAAAGGUUGAUGAUCUGAUUGGUGCCGAUAUUUAUGAUCCGAACCGGCCAAAAAUUCAUUUCUGGGCUUGGUUCACCCUGUCAAUGAGCACUGGCGGGUUAGCGCUUCUGAUAUACGCCCAACCUCACCAGUUCCCUGGGCUCCGACAGAUUGGAUUUGUCGUCUACGUCGCCAAUAUCAUAAUCUUUGCAUGCAUCGUUGCUGCAAUGACUAUGAGAUUCGUACUUCAUAAAGGCACAUUUAUAACGUCGAUCACCCAUUCUCGCGAGGCCUUCUUCGUCCCGACCAUCUUUCUUGCCAUUGCGACUAUCAUUACGGGAACUCAACGUUAUGCAAUCACGGAAGAAAGCACAUCACUGGUCUGGCUCAUCUCGGCUCUCUUUUGGGGAUACGUGGCCGGGUCUUUGUUCGUUGCAAUUGCUCAGUACAGUUACGUGUUCAAAACCCAUGAUCUUGGUCUCCAUACAAUGAUGCCGACUUGGAUCUUGCCAAUCUUUCCGAUCAUGCUUUCGGGCACGAUUGCCUCUGUUAUUGCAGAGACUCAACCCGAAAUGAAUGCAAUUCCGAUCAUCGUGGUCGGCUUAACCUGCCAGGGGUUGGGGUUGUCUGUGGCGUUCAUGAUGUAUGCGCAUAUGGUGGGACGUUUGAUGUCUAGAGGUAAGCUUGCUAUUAUAAAUCAUACUGAAAAGCUAUUAACUAAUUCACUCUUAGGCAUGCCGAACCGUGAGCAUCGAGCAGGUCUGUUCAUGAACGUUGGUCCACCGGCAUUCACAGCUUUGGCGGUCAUCGGUAUGGCGAAUGGACUGCCCGAUAACUUGGAUAUCAACAUGGGUAUGGUGCUGGAUAUGAAGGUAAUCAGACCGAUCGCGGUAGUGGCAGCUAUAUUUCUCUGGGCCUUAUCACUAUGGUGGUUUAGCAUCGCCACGGUAUCCGUUGUCCUUUCGCCGCCUCAAUACUUCCAUCUGAACUGGUGGGCGCUGGCGUUUCCGAACACAGGAUUCAUUCUGGCUACUAUUUCCAUCGGAAACGAGAUACAGCACGAAGGGAUUCGCUGGUUUGCGACCGGGUUAUCGAUCUGUCUGCUACUCACAUACCUUAUCGUGCUGUAUAACUUGGUUCGGGCUGUUGUCAUUCAAGACAUUAUGUAUCCAGGACGUGACGAAGACGUGCUAGAUGGCACUGACACUUGAAACCAACGGCGAACAAGGUGCCGACAAUUCGUCCAUUCUGCGGUAUAGGUUGAGGGACCAAACGACGCUACCAAGAACAAGGUUCGGGAAUAAUGGAAGGAGGAUGUUGAACUGUAGAAUAGAGGUUUAUAGAGAUUAGAUGUUAGAUGUUAGAUGUUUGUAGAAGGUAGAAAUAAAUUAGAGUGUGUGGGGGUGGGGCCACGAUACAA